CCCUUAACCCGGCGCCAAACCGGGCCGCAGCGUCCGGCAGCUUUACCGCUGCGGUCCCUCAAGGCCGAGGUCCCAGCCUUCUCGGGCCGGGGCCUCCGCCGCCGCGGCAGGACGGGGAGGAGGACCAUGGCGUCCUGCGUGGGGAGCCGUACUCUAAGCAAGGAUGAUGUGAACUACAGGAUGCAUUUCCGCAUGAUCAACGAGCAGCAAGUGGAGGACAUCACUAUAGACUUCUUCUACCGGCCGCACACCAUCACCCUGCUCAGCUUCACCAUCAUCAGCCUCAUGUACUUUGCCUUCACCAGGGAUGACUCUGUUCCUGAAGACAACAUCUGGAGAGGCAUUCUUUCAGUUAUUUUCUUCUUUCUCAUCAUCAGCGUGUUAGCAUUCCCCAAUGGCCCGUUUACUCGACCUCAUCCAGCUUUAUGGCGAAUGGUUUUUGGCCUCAGUGUGCUGUACUUCCUCUUCUUGGUAUUCCUUCUUUUCCUGAACUUCGAGCAGGUUAAAUCCCUAAUGUAUUGGCUAGACCCAAAUCUUCGAUAUGCCACAAGAGAAGCAGACAUCAUGGAGUAUGCUGUGAACUGCCAUGUGAUCACCUGGGAGAGAAUCGUCAGUCACUUUGAUAUAUUUGCAUUUGGGCAUUUCUGGGGCUGGGCCAUGAAGGCCUUGCUGAUUCGUAGUUAUGGGCUCUGCUGGACAAUCAGUAUCACUUGGGAGCUGACAGAGCUUUUCUUUAUGCAUCUUCUGCCUAACUUUGCUGAGUGCUGGUGGGACCAGGUCAUUCUGGACAUCCUGUUGUGCAAUGGCGGUGGCAUCUGGCUGGGCAUGGUCGUUUGCCGAUUUUUGGAGAUGAGGACUUACCACUGGGCAAGCUUCAAGGACAUCCAUACCACUACAGGGAAGAUCAAACGUGCUGUGCUGCAGUUUACCCCAGCUAGCUGGACUUACGUCAGGUGGUUUGACCCUAAGUCUUCCUUUCAGAGAGUGGCUGGGAUAUACCUUUUCAUGAUCAUCUGGCAGCUGACUGAAUUGAAUACCUUCUUCCUGAAGCACAUCUUUGUGUUCCAAGCCAGCCAUCCCCUAAGCUGGUGUAGAAUUCUCUUCAUCGGCUGCAUCACAGCUCCCACAGUAAGACAGUACUAUGCGUACCUCACGGACACACAGUGCAAACGCGUAGGGACGCAAUGCUGGGUGUUUGGGGUCAUUGGUUUCCUGGAAGCUAUUGUUUGCAUAAAAUUUGGACAAGAUCUCUUCUCUAAGACCCAAAUACUCUACGUUAUACUUUGGCUGCUUUGUGUGGCUUUCACCACAUUCCUGUGUCUGUACGGCAUGGUUUGGUAUGCAGAGCACUAUGGUCACCGUGAAAAGACCUAUUCAGAGUGUGAAGAUGGCAUUUACAGUCCAGAGAUCUCCUGGCAUCAUGGGAAAGGCUCAAAAGGUUCUGAAGACAGCCUACCCAAGCAUUCAAGCAACAACGAAAGUCAUUCUUCCAGAAGAAGGAACCGGCAUUCCAAGUCCAAAGUCACCAAUGGAGUUGGAAAGAAAUGAAGGAGCCUAGCUAAUCUCAGAUGUUCCAGAGAGUGCCUAGACCUGAGAGGGAAACAACACAUUUGGGCCUUCCUAUGUGGAGAUCAAAAUGUUCAGAGGGAGCUUUGGGGAUCAUGAUUUCAGUGUAAGUCUUGUCUCCCAUAGACUUGGAUGCACAUUACUAGGCUGACCAUUGCCUGGGUCUUUUUCCAACUGGAGGUGUCUCCUAACUUCAGCACAUGGCCUGCAGUUUCUGGUAGCAAUACAGUGUGCUGGAAGGGCAGGAUAGCUGAUGGCUCCCAGCUGUCAUCAAUGGCUCUGUGCUGAUGUGUCUUGUGGAUGGAUGCUGUAUAAAAAUCUUCAUUCAGAUGUUGACUUAACCGACUGGUUAGUGAACUGGUCACUGGGUUUUAUUUUUAUGAGUCUGCCUUUCCAUUUGAUGGGUUGUUUAAGUUCAGUCAGUUCACUUUUACUUCCUGUUUUCAAGUUAGAAUGCUUAAAAGCUUUCAGAAUCCACUGCUGAAAUUGGGGGAGGGUUCCAUCUAGAGAAACAAAGGGUUGGGAGAGCUUUUGUGUCCCUGCUUAGCAUACUCAGUCCCCAGCCACAGGACAGAUGACCAGCAGUGUAAGUUUGAAGAAGGCUGGAUGCUUACACUGGAGCCUGGGCUUCAGAUUGGAACCUGUUUUGUUCCAUUCCAAAGGCUGUUUGUCUAACAGAGUGCAUGAAAGUGGCCCUGCUAGAAGAGCUGGACACUGAGGCUCCUCUCCUGCCAGGUGCCUUUUCCAUGUGCUUGGUUUUCCUUCUAUGCUGUGUUGCCCACUUUGUUUUUCGGUCUCAUGUGAGGUGCUAGUGAGUAUUAAUUAACUUUAAUCUGUGCCAUGCUCUCCUAGAACAUUGUCCCAGUCUACCCUGGACCCCUGUUUUAAAUAAAUCAAUUCACAUUAAAAGCUCAUCAAUGACCUGUCUCUGUAGAGUGCUGUU